GAUCCCCGCCCGCCGCCCCCCCAUGGAGGGCAGCACGGACAUGGACGUGGACGCGGAGCUCAUGCAGAAGUUUAGCUGCCUGGGCACCACGGACAAGGACGUGCUCAUCUCCGAGUUCCAGAGGCUGCUGGGCUUCCAGCUCAACCCAGCCGGAUGCGCCUUUUUCCUGGACAUGACGAACUGGAACCUCCAGGCUGCUAUCGGUGCAUAUUAUGACUUUGAAAGUCCCAAUGUCAACACACCAUCCAUGUCCUUUGUCGAAGAUGUGACAAUUGGAGAAGGAGAGUCUGUUCCUCCAGAUACACCGUUCACAAAGACCUGGAGGAUACAGAACACUGGUGCAGAGGCCUGGCCGCCUGGUGUUUGUCUCAAGUACAUUGGUGGGGAUCAGUUUGGGCACGUAAACACAGUCAUGGUGAAGUCUCUAGACCCCCAGGAAAUAUCAGAUGUUAGUGUGCAGAUGCGAAGUCCCACAACUCCUGGCAUGUACCAGGGUCAGUGGAGGAUGUGUACAGCCACCGGGUUAUUCUAUGGAGAUGUAAUCUGGGUGAUCCUUAGCGUAGAAGUCGGAGGUCUCCUUGGCGUCACCCAGCAGCUGUCCUCCUUUGAGACCGAGUUCAACACCCAACCCCAGCGGAACGUGCAGGGAGACUUCAACCCCUUCGCUUCGCCGCAGAAGAACAAGCACGACGCCACGGACGACAGCUUCAGGGAACCCGGGGGGGUGUGGGAACGCACACAGGAGCCAAUCCAGCAAGAUCAAAACGGACUGUCUCAUAAUGCUGUAAAUAGGACCUCAAAUGGACUCCAAACCAAUCUUUCUGUUGUGACUUAUGGUCAGGGUAUUCACGGACCCUUUCCCUUUGGACAGAGCUAGAAUAAAAGAAAGACCCCCCCUCUAUGAUGGAUGAUGAGCUGAACACCUUGGGAGUCCUUCAUUUUAAGGAGUUGGAGGGGGUGGGGAGUGGACAGUUGUUUUAUAUUGACUCAUGACAACCUUCUCCCCUGUCCAUUGCCCUUUUCCACGGAAACACAAAUUACAGUGAGGUGAUGGAUUGCAUCUGCGACAGUGACACAUCCCCACCUGACAUCAACACCUGGAUUCGCAUGUGUGAAUGCUUCAUUUUAUGCUAAAAAAACCUUCAAGAUAGAUACACACAACUAUUUUUAUUUACACUGUAAAACACAGCUCAUUAAAGGGAAAAUCAACCUUAAACAACCUACGUACAGUUCUGGUUCUCCCACGUCCCUUCAGGGUUCCUACACAGAUCGGAACAUGUUUGGGAAGUUGUUGGCGCACGGUACAAAACUUGAUUUUGAGGCCUUUGUGGGAGAAGUGUGAUCUUUUACUCACCACACGAGUGGUUUUUAAUAGAAGUGUGUGUGUGUGUGUGAGAGUAUUGCCGGUCUUCUCUCGACGACAGCCUUACACAAGUUUCACACACAGACCAGGGGAUUAACGUGGGACGUUAAGCAGCUGGUGUGACAACGAGUCUGACCUCACACACCAGUCACAUGGAAAUGCCUGAGUUCAAGAAAGACCAAAACAGAAAAGCUCCAGAUAAAUCUAUGUGCUUUUGAAGCAUCUCCUUACAGUAUAUACAUGUCCUACAAGCUGUCACAUCAUUGGACUGAAAAUGGAUGAUUUGGCUGUGUGAAGGUAGUUUAUGUGCCAGUAUAUCGAUAAAAUGUGGGUUUAAUCACCUUGAGCGAGUAACUGACUUCAUGGAAGAACAACUUAGAUGCUGACUUGAUCGCCAUGGCAAUGGUGAGCCUGACAUGACGGGCAUCAACAAUCUGUUGUGUUGUGAACGAGUUGCUGCUGGAGUUUGACAACUGCAGGUCCAAUAAUCUGAUUUAAGUUUACAGGGGUUUAUUUUGUUUAAUCAGUGUCUCAAAGGUUCAAAUAAAUUGUGAUCUGGUCCAGAAUGAGGUGAUAAAUUAGCACAUUGUCAAACUUUGAGGUUGGAAGAUUCUGCUCUUAUGUUUCAAGUAUUUUUGCAGUUUAAUGGAUGUCACCACCAAUAUCCGACUAUGUAUUUUAUUUAUGGCUCAGGAGUUACGGUUGUACCUGGUGUUCAUCCUUAAACUAAUAGCUCCUUCUGCAAAAAUAAUCUUUUACAUUGUUCUGAAGAAUUUAUCACCAAAACAUUUCACCAUUUGCAUUGAGCCACUCAUCUCUGCGUGGUUAUUAUAGGUAAAAAAGAAAUCCAUACUCAUCAAUGUCAAAAUGUCACAGCGCUCAGCCGCUAGUAUUAGACAUGACAUUUGAAGCAUGUAAAGACGAGGGCAUAUUCCUAAAAAUCAUUGCAGAGAAAAUGUGGACGAUCCCUGUGUAGGAACCCAAUCUCUUCCAAAGAUAAAGUCCUGACAACCGAGACACUAAUCUGUGCUGUCAUACAACAACUCAGUCUGCCGCUCCAUUCAGACUGCAUGAGACAGUGUGUGUGCGAUUUUUUGUUUGUUUCGUUUUUUUAAGGGUGGGUUUUUUGCUUUAAAUAGAUGCUGAAGCGCAAAAGGAUGCAAGCGAGUUUGAGCCUGUGAGAUGUGAGAAAGCUAAAAAAAGCCAUCCAAGUCCAUUUUGCCUGGUGAGUGACUGUGUUUUCUGAUGUCGACGGUAUGUGUACUAGAUGUGUGCGUGUGUGUGUGUGUGUGUGUGUGUGCAUGUAUGUUAAAGGUUUCUCUUUGGAUUUAACUGACAUUAAAUGGUGUAUACUACUUGGGCAAAGGAAGACGUGUCUAUUCACACAUACGUGGAAACUGAGAGAGCUUUACUAGGUGUGUACCUCUGAAGUAUUUGAAUUAUUCUGCAUCGUUUGGAUGAACCGACUCACUUAUUGCUGAUGUUAUUUAUUUGCUGUCACGUUGUGCAUUGUAGGUGCAAAAAAAUAAAUAAAAUGUCCCAUAUACAGCCAGCAGGUGGUGCUAAAAAUCAAACGACCAACUUGUCUGUGAGGUUUCUCGUUCAUCCAGGGCGUGGGCAUCCGGAGCCCUGUUCCUGACCGGGCAUUGCAAUGUGUCCUCACACGCCCCAGACACCCCCUCCGAAUGUGGAUUGAGUGUUUUCAGGAUGCAUGUGGGUUCAGUCAGACCUGUUGCUCAUUGUGUAGCAGGUCAAGGGACGUCAGCUGAGUAGGAGGAAAGAUGUUGGUCAUAGUGAUCAGAUCUAAAGUUGGAUUCAGGGGCAUUCUGGUGCCCUUACUUGUGAUCGGAUCACUGAGGAUGGAUGUUGACAACAGGUCUGAACAUGGUCCGAGACAUAUUGAUUCAAAGGCAACUGGAACUGGUUGUGCAGACGUUUCACCGCUCAACAAAGCUGCUCUUUCAUUUCUGACUUUAACAACAGUCAUUAGAGCAAUUGAAGUCCCCCUGAGGCCAAGUGGGAAAGGUUGUUAAAUCUCCCCGGGAAGGGAUGGAAGGAGACUACUGCAGGUCGGGGAUUAAGUGAUGUUCACCAACUCCUCUCUGCUUUGACGUUGAUGGCCUCCUACCUUCCAUGUUCAACUACCUGUCCUCCCAUAGCCAUUAUAACUGCAGCUUCUUCACCUGAGGAGUUGACCCUCCAUGCAUUUCCCUGAGUAUUGUGGCCUGUGCACUCCUCACUACAUACUUGGUUAUCUGAGUGUGCCAUCUUCUAUAGGCACCAGUUUAUAUGUUUUCAUGUGUCAACACACGUGCACAGAAACUGGUCCAUUCAAAAUGACGAUCAUUUACAUUUGGCCUCAGAGCUCAAAGGUCUUUAAGCAUCUACAACCAGGUCCAGUUGCCCUUCGAUUCAACUUUUCACGGGGGAAUGACCCACAUUUACUUGACAUGCUGAGAACAUUGAGAAGAAAAGGUGACAAGCUGUAGUUGGACUGUAGUAAGACAAUUUUAAUAUGAAAAUUAAGGGUUUGCAUCAGCAUUAUAAGCACUGAUGUUUUCUUAUUGCUAUUUGCACAUAGCUCUCCACCACUAAUGCUAAUGAGGGAGAAGUGUUUGUUUUGGCUUAUGGUUGGGACCUUUCCGAAAGUUUGAUGAGUUCAAACAUAUUUCUUCAUUAUUUCCCAGCCAUUGGCUCUUUUAUUUAGGUUUGACUGUCCCACCAGAAUUUUUAGUUCAGUUUUGCUGUAUGUUGCUUAUGUUAGACAAAUAAUCUCAUGUAUUUUGGCUUGAAAAUAAAAUUGAAGAAGUUGUCGAUAGACUUAAUAACUUUUUUAUUUCCUGAAGGGAUAUUUCAUUCAAACAAAAUCACUUGUAAUUUUUUUUAAUGCAUCUAAAGCUAUCAAAUUUUCUCCCAGUUGUAAUUAUGAACAUCUAAUUAUAAUUCUCUGUAUUGAGAGUUCAUUGCCUUUAUGAUCGUGUACACGUGUUUGUAUAAUUCACCAGCAUUCUGUGUUGCAUCUGUCUGUGACUGUGUUGAGUCGGCGGAGAGUCCCCCUCCCAAACAGCAUACACUGUUCUGGAUCGCUUCGUUGAGUCAUGUCACUCUUUUUUUUGUGUGUGUUUGUGUGUGUGGGCUUUCCUCUUGUGAUCUUGCUUGUGUGCAUUUCUGUGUGCGUGUGGGUGUGAGAGAGAGAGAGAUAGAGAGUGACGGAUGGUGAGGAAAUUUGAAUAUUGCUGGAUUCAUUCUCUAGUUUUAGUUAGUGACGAUGUAUGGACUUGAGAAGGGUGGCAUGGAGAGCGGAUAAGAUGAAAGUUUACAUAGUCCUGAAAUAGCACAUUUUAUCUGAAGAGAAAAUGUCAAAAUAAAGCUUUUUUCCCCCUCUGUAUCUAUAAUUAAGCAUUUGUAUGAUUAAAUUAACACUGAAACAAUGA